AUGCGUGAGAUCGUUCACCUUCAGACCGGUCAGUGUGGUAACCAAAUAGGUGCCGCUUUCUGGCAGACCAUCUCCGGGGAGCACGGCCUCGACGGCUCCGGUGUUUACAAUGGCUCCUCCGAUCUCCAGCUGGAGCGCAUGAACGUCUACUUCAACGAGGCCAGCGGAAACAAGUAUGUCCCUCGUGCCGUCCUCGUCGAUCUUGAGCCCGGUACCAUGGACGCCGUCCGUGCCGGUCCCUUCGGUCAGCUGUUCCGUCCCGACAACUUCGUUUUCGGCCAGUCCGGUGCUGGUAACAACUGGGCCAAGGGUCACUACACCGAGGGUGCCGAAUUGGUUGACCAGGUUGUCGAUGUUGUCCGUCGCGAGGCUGAGGGUUGCGACUGCCUCCAGGGUUUCCAGAUCACCCACUCCCUCGGUGGUGGUACCGGUGCCGGUAUGGGUACUCUCCUGAUCUCCAAGAUCCGUGAGGAGUUCCCCGACCGCAUGAUGGCCACCUUCUCCGUUGUCCCCUCCCCCAAGGUCUCCGAUACCGUUGUUGAGCCUUACAACGCCACUCUUUCCGUCCACCAGCUCGUUGAGCACUCCGACGAGACCUUCUGUAUCGACAACGAGGCUCUGUAUGACAUCUGCAUGCGCACCCUCAAGCUCUCCAACCCCUCUUACGGUGACCUGAACCACCUGGUCUCUGCUGUCAUGUCCGGCGUGACCACCUGUCUCCGUUUCCCCGGUCAGCUCAACUCUGAUCUUCGCAAGUUGGCCGUCAACAUGGUUCCUUUCCCUCGUCUCCACUUCUUCAUGGUCGGCUUCGCUCCCCUGACCAGCCGUGGCGCCCACUCUUUCCGUGCCGUCUCCGUUCCUGAGUUGACCCAGCAGAUGUUCGACCCUAAGAACAUGAUGGCUGCUUCUGACUUCCGCAACGGCCGUUACCUCACCUGCUCUGCCAUCUUCCGCGGAAAGGUCUCCAUGAAGGAGGUUGAGGACCAGAUGCGCAACAUCCAGAGCAAGAACCAGACCUACUUCGUUGAGUGGAUCCCCAACAACAUCCAGACCGCCCUGUGCUCCAUUCCUCCCCGUGGUCUCAAGAUGUCCUCCACCUUCAUCGGAAACUCCACCUCCAUCCAGGAGCUCUUCAAGCGUGUCGGCGACCAGUUCACUGCUAUGUUCCGUCGCAAGGCUUUCUUGCAUUGGUACACUGGUGAGGGUAUGGACGAGAUGGAGUUCACUGAGGCUGAGAGCAACAUGAACGACCUUGUCUCUGAGUACCAGCAGUACCAGGACGCCUCCAUCUCUGAGGGCGAGGAGGAAUACCUCGAGGAGGAGGAGCCCCUUGAGCACGAGUAA